GAUCACCUCAAUCGAGUUUGCAUGUUGGCAUGGUGUCUUUCCACAGUAUUUACUAGUUCGCUCGACAACUCCUCAAGAUGACUCUCGACCACCGUCUGCCGUGGCUCACAGUAGCCCUACGACGAGAGAACAGCCCAAUGAGCAGCACGACGUCUCUCCACGUCCGCAGUUUGUACGAAUCCGAUCGCGACCUCUUCCGCUGCAACUCCGAGUCUCCCUCAAUGCACGAGCAGAGAUACUCUAUACGCAGUAGCCGCCCUUCAAGUGGUCAAAGCAUCCAAAGUUCGUCGACUCCUCGUCACUACAGCAACUCUACAUCUGCAAGCGUUACACCAACAAAGAGGCCAUUGUCAGCUCCGCCCCGCACUGGCGGCGGAUUUUGUCUUGCGACGCCGCGUCUAAAGUCGGCACGUUCGGACGGCAAGAGACCGUUGAGGAGAGCUCAGUCGGCUAGGCCGACUUUAACGGGAAAUGCUCACGUGCACACGAAGUUGGAAAGGCCUUUGCUAGCAGACGGCACGGUACAUCCAACUGGCAGCGUUGAAUAUUGUUGCAUCACAAAGGGUGCCGUAUUACACGCUCGAGUUCCAAGACCUAAGUCGGCGACCUCGUCGUUAUUGAACUUGGCUAAUAGAUCCAAGACAAAUGGAAAUCUAUUUUUGUCGAGACGUGGCCGCAGUAAUGAGGCGGACGGCUCUAACAGUUUCUUCCUGGUCGGUAGUGAACACAGCGAGACAGACUCUGAUAUUGAUAAUGAUGAUAUGCUUGCAAACGGGGACUCAUUGCUACAGCCUGAGCUGCAAGUCAAUAGUGAGGUCCUCGAUGUAGUUAUGGAGGAACAAGAGCAAGCCACACAAAUGGAUGAUCACUCAAGCGCUACUAGUAUGGACUUACUGGUGGAAGACAUAGAAGACAAUAUAGAAGACAACGAGAACAAGUUGCCAGAUGAGUCAGACAAUACUGGGAUUUUUGACAGGCAGGUGGACGACACAGCUGACCAACAAUUGGUGGUUGAAGACAAGACAAAGACAAAGUUGAAGCGUAUGCCCAAGGCUCAACGAAAGUCGAAUGCCAUGAGGAGAGCUGACUUCCAGUUGCAUCGCAGGAAGUGGAAGGGGGUACCAAGACCCGAUGAGUCUGAAGAAGACGAAAGUCCAUACAAACCACAUUCGGCACUGUAUCGAAGUCCUUUGAUGUCGUCUAGCACUAUGGUACUCUCCAAAUUGUCUUGCAGAUUCGAAGUUCCGAUUGAUUGGCGACAUCUGGAGAACACGUCUCCUCUCGAAUACUUAAGUCGGCACAGCAUCGUUUGUGGCAGGCGCGAUCACUGGUACCACAAGGUUUUCAGAAAACUUAAUCCAUUGGGAUCUGGUCUAGUCCCACUCAAGGAUGUCCGAGCUGCACUGGUUAACAUUCACUUUCGUAAAGUCUCAAAUGAGCACAUUGCCAAAGUUCUUGAGGUUGCUUGUGUUCCCGAUGACUGCAAAUUAAACAAGAAAGAGUUUUAUGGGCUGGCUGCUCUCUCUGAGCGUCUUCUGUGUAUAUAUCAUUGUUCAAAUAUGAAACGAUGUACACUCGAGUCAUUGGAUUGGAGAUUGUGGAGAUCAGGAGUGAAGGACUUCAAUAUCUCUCCUGAGCUCAUAUAUCUAUUUGAGUUGAUAAAUGAAAAUAAAGGUCUCUCUUUAUGAAUUGUACAGAACUUUGUGGUACGUUUUGAUGCUGAAUUAUCAGAGAAUUUAUCAUUUUGCUGUGUGAUUACAAUGGGAUAAUUUUGAUAACUAGUCUAGUCCAUGCCUCACAAAUCUUGAGCAUCCAGUAUCUUUUUCUAUAAACAGACCAACUUUCUGUAUUAUACGUUAGUUCAUUUCAAUAAUUAAAGUUUUCUUAUUAGCCUACAAACAAUAUCUUCAA